CCCUGCCGCCGCGCCAUGUCCGCCGGCUGGUUCCGGCGCCGCUUCCUGCCGGGGGGUCCGCUCCCCGCGCCGCGGCCCCCCCGGCCGCGCGCCAGCCCGGUGCCCUACCGGCGGCCCCGCUUCCUGCGCGGCUCGGGCUCGGGCCCCGGCACCGCCGACGCCCCGCGCCGCCCGGACGCCCGGCCCGUGCGCAGCCCGGCGCGGGGCCGCGCGCUGCCCUGGAACGCAGGCUACGCCGAGAUCAUCAAUGCAGAGAAGUCUGAGUUCAAUGAGGAUCAGGCGGCCUGUGGGCAGCUGUGCAUAGGGAGAUGUGAGUUUGGGGCCGAAGAGGACCGGGAGUGGCUGACAUUGUGCCCAGAGGAGUUCCUGACAGGUCAUUACUGGGCCCUGUUCGAUGGGCACGGCGGUCCAGCUGCAGCCAUUCUGGCCGCCAACACCCUGCACUCCUGCCUGCGCCGGCAGCUGGAGGCCGUGGUAGAGGGCAUGGUGGCCACUCGGCCCCCCAUGCACCUCAGCGGCCAUUGCGUCUGCCCCAGUGAUCCCCAGUUUGUGGAAGAAAAGGGCAUUAGGGCGGAAGACUUGGUGAUCGGGGCUCUGGAGAGUGCCUUCCAGGAAUGUGAUGAGGUGAUCGGGCGGGAGCUGGAGGCCUCAGGCCAAGUGGGCGGCUGCACAGCCCUGGUGGCUGUGUCCCUGCAGGGCAAGCUGUAUGUGGCCAAUGCUGGGGACAGCAGGGCCAUAUUGGUACGGAAAGAUGAGGUUCGGCCCCUGAGCUCUGAGUUCACCCCGGAGACUGAGCGGCAGCGGAUCCAGCAGCUGGCCUUCGUCUACCCCGAGCUCCUGGCAGGUGAGUUCACCCGACUGGAGUUCCCUCGGCGACUGAAGGGGGAUGACUUGGGGCAGAAGGUUUUGUUCCGGGAUCACCACAUGAGAGGCUGGAGCUACAAGUGCGUGGAGAAGUCGGAUCUCAAGUACCCACUGAUCCAUGGGCAGGGUAGACAGGCUCGGUUACUGGGAACACUGGCUGUCUCCCGGGGCCUGGGAGACCAUCAGCUCAGAGUCCUGGACACAAACAUUCAGCUCAAGCCCUUCUUGCUCUCUGUCCCACAGGUGACUGUACUGGAUGUGGACCAACUGGAGCUGCAGGAGGAGGAUGUGGUUGUCAUGGCAACUGAUGGUCUCUGGGAUGUCCUGUCCAAUGAGCAGGUGGCACGGCUGGUACGGAGCUUCCUCCCUGGCAACCGAGAGGACCCGCACAGGUUCUCGGAGCUGGCCCAAACGCUGAUACACAGCACGCAGGGAAAGGACGACGGUCCCACAGGGGACGGGCAGGUGUCCUACGACGACAUCUCGGUGUUCGUGAUUCCGUUGCACAGCCAGGGCCAGAGGAGCGGUGGCCACUGAGGAUUCAGACACUAUAUCCCAGAACCAUUCUGGGGCCGGGUGUAGUCCGAGCAUCCCUCCACCAUGGUCAACAGCAGGCCUACCUGCCCUGCCCCAGACACAAUGGGGUGAUCCCCCACCCCAGCCUAUUUCAAGGAGAGCAUUUAUACCAGGCAGCUGAAACAGGAAGAGUAUGGAGAGCCCAGCUCCCCAGGUCCGCCCUUUGGCAGGCAGGGCAAGAGUGCAGUAUUAAUAACCUCCCUUUGCAACGUUGGAAACCCAGGGCGGUGGGGGGGUGGGGUGCUUCUCUGACAGGGUCUUAGCAGCCCAGCGUUAUUCCCAGAUGGGGACAGUGGGACUAAGGGCAUUGGCCACAAAUGCCAGGAGGGGCAGAAGAGCCUGUUUGGAUCCAGGUCUCCAACCCAUGAAUGUCAGGAUAGUUACUCAAUAACCCCCAAAGCCCAUGCAAGGUGCCUUAUGGGAAACUAUGGGUAGCCUUCUAUCUGCUCAACAGCCGAUUUGAAUCAGCCCCUUGGGAGAGACCAGCCCAGGUACUGCCCUGCCCCCCUCUGCCACUGGAAAUGAGGCACAGGCUCGGGGGCCUAAAGUUGGGGAAGAACAGAAAGAGGCAAGAGGAGCCCCAGAGCCGGGACUCUUUGCUGAGCCGGGAAUGUCCCCCGAUCACUCCCUCCUGGCCCCCAGCCCUGCCAUAGGCUGAUGUGUCAGCAAUGCGUUUGGUUUUGUUACUCCCCAUCACCUCCUAUUAUUAAAUGUGUGCUGAAGAGCCCUUGUGAAUCAUGAAUUGCUGUAAAGCUUGGCAUUAUAGUACACUUUUUUGCUCUUUCUUGUUACUUUCCAAAGAAUCGGUCUCCGCUCCCCCUUGCAAAUUUGCCUAUAGUCAGGACUGCAUUUUCUCCGAGGGCCUCCCUAGUCCCCAGCGUGGGGUGAGCCCCAGUGAGAACUGUGGUCUAGGACACAAAAAAGUCUCUACCACCAUCCGUGAGCUCUGGGCUUGAUGUAGCAGGAGUGCCUUUAACUUGGUUUUGCACGCCUACUUCGAUAAACCAAGAAUUAGCUGGAGACAAAUCAGUGUUCCAGGGCUUACUGUCUGAUGAACAGCUUAGUUCUUCACCUUCCCCACAAGACUG